GGAGUUGGGGGAAAAAAUAGACAGUGAGAUCAUCUAAGGACGGGGGUGACUGCCUGACUCCAUUGUCUUUUAGCUGGGGAUUUUUUUUACCUCCCCCCCAAGAAGAUACCCAGAACAUUGUGGGGAGAGGGAGAUGUACCCCCCCCCCAUCUCAAGCUACCUAACAGCUAGACGAGAUUUCUACUGCGAAUAACGGAGCUGGAAGAAGCUGCUAGCUGAGCCAAACACCAGGGUUGUCAUCCGUUGACCCUCACCAAAAUGGCGGCCGCCUCCUCCUCCUCCUGCAACGGAGAAGAAGACGAGAGCUUGAAAGGAUGCGAGCUCUACGUUCAGAAGCAUAACAUCCAGCAAAUCCUGAAAGAGUGCAUUGUGAACCUCUGCAUCGCUAAACCCGACCGGCCAAUGAAAUUCUUGCGGGAACAUUUUGAGAAACUGGAAAAGGAAGAAAGCAAACAGAUCCAGGCUUGGCAGAAAUCCAGCUCUCAAUCAGAUUCUCAUGACGAUGAAGUUUCUCCUCCGCCACCCAACCCGGUGGUCAAAGCCCGACAUCGAAGAGGAGGGGUCAGUGCUGAGGUCUACACAGAAGAAGAUGCGGUGUCUUAUGUCCGGAAGGUUAUUCCAAAGGACUAUAAGACUAUGACAGCUUUAGCCAAGGCUAUCUCAAAGAAUGUCCUCUUCGCUCACCUUGACGACAAUGAGAGAAGUGACAUAUUUGACGCGAUGUCCGUCACACACAUUGCUGGAGAGACUGUGAUCCAACAAGGUGAUGAAGGCGACAACUUCUAUGUGAUUGAUCACGGGGAGGUGUAUGUGUACGUGAACGGAGAACUGGUCACCAGCAUUGGAGAAGGAGGCAGCUUUGGAGAACUGGCCCUCAUUUACGGCACGCCGCGAGCUGCGACCGUCAAAGCGAAGACGGAUCUCAAACUCUGGGGAAUCGAUCGCGAUAGCUACAGACGCAUCUUGAUGGGCAGCACGUUGAGAAAACGGAAAAUGUACGAAGAAUUUCUGAGCAAGGUUUCCAUUUUGGGAUCGCUGGACAAAUGGGAGCGUCUGACGGUGGCCGAUGCGCUAGAGACGGUCCAGUUUGAGGAUGGCGAGAAAAUUGUGGUCCAGGGAGAGCCGGGAGACGACUUUUUCAUCAUCACAGAGGGCACGGCUUCUGUCCUUCAACGUAGAUCUGACAAAGAGGAAUAUGUAGAAGUCGGACGCCUGGGGCCAUCUGAUUAUUUUGGGGAAAUUGCCCUGUUGCUCAACAGGCCCAGGGCUGCUACCGUGGUGGCCCGCGGGCCCUUGAAGUGUGUGAAGCUGGACCGCCCACGCUUCGAACGAGUCCUCGGCCCUUGCUCCGAAAUCCUCAAGAGGAACAUCCAGAGAUACAACAGUUUCAUCUCUCUCACCGUCUAAAGUCCUCUUGGGCUCCUCUUUGAUGUUUAAACUUGUGCACUUAAAAAAGAAAGAAAGAAAGAAAGAAAGCGAGCGAUCCGUGGUGUUUCAUAGCUUUACAAAGGAAAGGAGAGGCACAUUUAUUUUACGCAGAUGUUUUUCGGUGUCGACGUCCAAUGUAUUAGAUAUUCAAUCACCUGUGUAUUGUUAAGAGGACAGCAGAUAGCUGGUUGUCAGUGAUUUUAUGGAAUUGUAGAUUUUAUCGUUUUGCACUUUGAGUUACGUUCCAGAUUUACGCAUCCCUGGCUUCUCCAAAUCUCUCAUCACACAAUGUAACGUUUCCAGAUCUUUGGAGAACCAGCUUGCUGUGUGCCUCAACUUUUAUUUCUCCUGGUUGUGCUGACAAGCCACGUCCAACUCUCACUUCUCUAGAACAACGUAGGGUAAUCGUUUUGAACAUCUCAUCUAGUGAGACUACAUAACCCAUAUUAUAAUUGGGGAUUGAUGGACACAUGGCCCCAUGUAGCAUUGUAGAACUAGCCCAUUAAGACUUCCAGACAUUGCCCCAAGUAGUCAUUUUAAAGGUGACCUAAGGUAAAAAUGAUGAAAUGCCCAACUGGAAAGAGUAAAAUGUCCUAUCAACUCAGUUGAGUUUGAACUCAAGAUAAAGUCAACACGUUUUCUUUGAUUGUUUUCGUCUUGGCCCAAAGCUCCCUGCGUGCUGCUCACAGGCUAUUUAAAGUCUGUUAAAAGCAAACGGUGAGCUUUGACCUGGAAGGAAUUGUGAAGUCCCGUUGGGCAUCAAGUCAUCCGUCCUUCAUCUGGUUGACAAUGACUUGAAUGAACCAUUUUGGCCACUUGAGAUACUCAGCUAGCACCAAACCAGUGUCAAAUUAGUGUCAAACAGUGUUUUUCCAACUUUUAAGAUGUUUUAAGCUUCAACUUCAUGCUGGCUGAGGGAUUCUGGGAGUUGAAGUCCACACAUCUUAAAAUGGCCAAGUUGAAGAACAUUGGCAUCCCUCAAUCAAUCAAUCAGCCAAUCAAUCAAUCAAUCAAUCAAUCCACACACAUAAGGUAAAAUCUGUUUCCUGUAAAACGUGUCAGUAUUCUAUUCUCUGUGUAUCUUUUAAAGAAAGCUUUUAUUUGCAGUUGAUGUUUAUUUACACCAUUCAUUUUGCUUAUCAUAUUGUGAUGCAUGGGGGGAAACAAAAUAAUUGUGACUGGAGAAAUAUGUAGUAAAUCUUUGAUCACUGCCAUAGGGUUGAGGGCCAUUGGCCUCAGGGUCUCGAGUGAGUCUAGGGUCUCAGGUCCAGGACUAGUUUUACAGAUAUUAAAAAAAUAAAAUCUACAACGAUGAAAGAAGGGAUACUACUAAAACUGACAGAACCCAGGUGAAGUUGCAAAAUCCAUGGAGAAUUGAUUCAGGCAUCCCUUCCCAAUCCUAACUGCAGUAGUAUUGCGGUUUUCAAAUUUUUCACCUGGCUGAUGAUAUCCAAUCCUGGAACAUUUAGAGGGUGCCAAAUGACGGGCGACAGGAUGAAACAUCCAGGUUGAUGUCAAAAUCCUUCAGUUGACUGGGUAUCCCCAGUGGUGGGCUGCAACCAGUUUAACAAUCGUUUCUGUGAGCGCACACUUCACUUUGAAGCUCAGCUGCUUAACUUCUAAGGCAGCCCUGGUAAGUAGAACAGCUGUGCCGCACAAAUCAGCUGAGCAGGGGUGAAAUCCAGCAGGUUCUGACAGGUUCUGGAGAACCGGUAGCGGAAAUUUUGAGUAGUUCAGAGAACUGGAAAAUACCACCUGUGGCUGGCCCCAGAGUGGGGUGGGAAUGGAGAUUCUGCAGUAUCCUUCCCCUGGAGUGGGGUGGGAAUGGCGAUUUUGCAGUAUCCUUCCCCUGCCAUGCCCACCAAGCCACGCCCACAGAACAGUUAGGGAAAAAAUUUAAAUUUCACCCCUGCAGCUGAGCGAGAAAGAAGGAAAUAUAGGAAAUGAUAGGGUGGGUGCCGUUGAGUGGAGCUAGCUGAUCAUCAGAACUACCGUUUCACUCGAACCGGUCUGAACCGGCAGCAGCCCACCACUGGGUAUCCCUCAGAUCAAGAGAACGAUUGUCCAUGGAAAGUAAUCGUUCAACUUUGUUCUGCCUUGAGUCUAUCCUUUCAAAUUCUUCAUCCAGUUCUGCAUAUUGCCUCCCUACCCCAAAAAAGACCCUCCCCCCCAAAAGAUUCAGAGAACCUAGAAUAGGUGCAGAGAAGGGAAGCCUAGAUGAUCAGGGGACAAGAAACAUAGUUGACCCAGGAGGGAACUGGUGGCACACAUAGUCAUAUCAGUGGGCACGCAAGCUCAGCUCCGGCGCACAUGCACGCACCGGCCAGCUGAUUUUUGAGCCUUCAGGGCCCACCAGAAGUAGGGAAACAGGGUGUUUCCUGCCUCCGGAGGGCCUCAGAGGGUGGUGGGGAAGGACUGUUUUUUGCUGUCUCCAGCCUCCAGAGCCUUUCUAGGAGUCUGGGGAGGGUGAAAACGGCCUUCCCCAUCCCCCCGGAGGCCCUCCGGAGGCCAGAAAUGGCCCAUUUGCCAACUUCCUGUGGGACCGGAAGGCCUGUUUGUUGCUGUCCCCAGCCUCCAGAGCCUCUCUAGGAGUCUGGGGAGGGCAAAAACAUCCUUCCCCACCUCCACUCCCCGGAGGCCCUCCGGAGGCCAGAAGUUGGCAAAUGGGCUAUUUUCAGCCUCUGGAAGGCCUCCGGGUGGGUGGGGAAGGCCGUUUUCACCCUCCCCAGACUCCUAGAGAGGCUCGAGCCAGGUGAGAGAGAAAAACAGGCCUACCAGGCCAUCAUGUGCCAGGAGCGUGGGGAGCAUGGGGGAGAGUCGUGCACGCAUGAGUGGGGUGGGGCGCAUAGAAUUAUGGGUGUGGGCACGCGUGAGCCCUCCACCCCCCUCUCCUGGCAUGCGAUGGCAAAAAGGUUAGCCAUCACUGCCUUAGAGCAUGUAAUUAUGAAUAAAAUUGAGAGGAAAACCACUUCCCAGUUGAAUAUUAGAAGAAACUUCCUUCUGGGUACCAGUUAAGGAGAGAAGUGAUGGGUUUCAAAUGGCUCUUUCUGGACCUGUUAGUACAGAUAGGGCAUUGUCUCUUGAACAUCCGGAUGCAGUCUUGAUUGGAUAGUGCCGUAUUAUUUAUUUCACUGUGACCUGGGCCUGCCUAAUCUUUGUGGGUUGCGUCUAUUCUUUGGCCCAAAUGACCUUGUAAUUGUCAUGAUAAUUCUUCUGAUGGAGAAGAAGCCAUUGGAAAUGUAACGGCAUUCUCUUGUCUUUUUAAGGUGACCCGAAAUAGGGACAUGAAUAAAAUCCCUGGAACUUCAGAA